AGCGACGCGAGAAGAGACGAGACGAGACGAGACAAGACGAGACAAGACGAAAUGCAGUCGGCUGUUCCGCGCGCCUGGGAUCGCUCUUGCAUCACUGUGACACUCUCGACAUUGGAAGUUGCGACGGGGAGGUCGGUCCACUCAAAGUCUUAAAACCACAUGGCCCGCUAAACCUUAUUGAGCCCCGGGUGACGACAUCUCCCGUCGCCGUCGUCCUCUGGGGCUCCUGUCUGGGUGUUCUGGCGCUCUCUGGCACACUGGCACACAGCUGCCACUCAUUCAUGUUAUUUUACAGUCAUUCAUUCAUCAUUUCACAUGCUCUGGACAUGCAGCGGUGCCAAGAGUCUGAUAUGAGGUGAAAGCAAGGACGGUAUGCCGUUGAUGCGUAUCCCCUACACGCAGCCGCUGCCUCUGCCCACCAUUGCACCCGCCGCUGCCUCUACCAUUGCCGGCGCCACGAGAGCAUUGCGGAACUUCUUGGCCCAGCGCGGACAUGGCGGCGACAAGACGGUCAUCCUGUCGGGUGCGGGCAUAUCGGUGGCCUCAGGACUGGCAGAUUAUAGGGGCUCGCAGGGAACAUACACCCUGAACAAAAUCUACUUUCACGAGUUUGCCGCUAGCCAUGAGGCACGAAAACGAUAUUGGGCGAGAUCGUUCCUAGGCUGGACGACUUUACAUAGGAGUCAGCCCAACCAGGCUCACUAUGCUGUUGGCGCUCUGGCCGAUCUAGGUUACAUUUCAAAAGUAAUCACGCAGAACGUGGACAGUUUCCAUCCCAAGGCGCAUCCGAAACUGCCCACAUUGGAGCUCCAUGGAUAUCUCCGGAGCUGCGUCUGCCUCACUUGCAGGUCCGAAUAUCCCCGAGAUGCUUUCCAGCACGAUCUCGCCAGAAUGAAUCCCAAAUGGGCGCAAUUCUUGCAAGAAAUGCUCGACAGUGGUGCUCUGACGACAGAGGAUCCCACACGACGUCGAAAGUUGGGAUUGAAGACCAACCCGGAUGGCGAUGUCGAUGUGCCCGGAGUAGAGUAUAGCACCUUCCGAUAUCCACCGUGUCCCAAAUGCCUGGCAGACACACCCAAGGACAAGAUCAUCAAAACUGAUGACGACGGCGCAUGGGCCGCAGGAUCGAAUGCGGGGAUCCUCAAGCCUGCAGUCAUCAUGUUUGGGGAAUCCAUCCCUAAUGCUGUGAAAGUGGCUGCCGAAGAAGCCGUGGACGAGGCCAGCAGCGUUCUCGUGCUGGGAUCAUCGCUCGCGACGUACUCGGCAUGGAGACUCAUCAAGCGGGCAAAGGAGCACGGCAAGCGCAUCGCAGCCAUCAAUAUGGGAGGCAUCAGAGGAGAGGAGGCAUUCUUCCAGCAUUUGCCGGCGGAAGGUGACGGUAUCGAUGGCGUGCGCAGCGCACUGCCAUUGGAGCAGGCGCUCCCUGCUCUUGUUGAAACACUGCAAGAAGCUACUAGCUCCAGCAAAACGUUUCAGUCUUUUCAGCCUGCUCCGUGGGCUGAUGUAUGAAAAUUCGGUCUGAAUUUAUUAUACAACACUUCCUUGUCGAUGUUCACAUUGUUUUUCGUGUUGCUCGCGAGAUUGAGCGAUUGCGGCGCCUGAUAGAAGCAAAUGCAUAGGAGGUACCUGCAAAUAGACUGCAGCAGGGCAGAACCAAGUGUGUAUGCUUCAAGCUACAUGUGUGAAGAAAGGCGGUGAAAAUGCGGAUUUCAGGCUACAUAUACUACCUACACUGCUGACAGGCAAACGCAAC